GAGGUCUUGUUGUUUUCUCAGUCUGAGGAUCAAGGAGAUGAAGGGAGGAGCGCGCGGGGGGAAACCCAACAUCCCGGGGCUUUAACACACCGACACACUAUACCACCGACCAUCUCUUUAUCCAUCCAUCCAUCCAUCCAUCCAUCUCUCUCUCUCUCUCUCUCUCUCUCUCUCUCUCUUAUUCUCUCUUUCCACUAUUUCUCUUUCUGGAGUUGAAGUAUUGUGCGCACGCGGAAAAGGAAACACACACACACACACACACACACGCGCGCGCAGCACCGGAGCCUCGGUCGGAUCUCAUGAUGCCGGUCGAGUUCGUGUGUAAGAUCAAGUUCUCCGAGGAGGAGGAGAAGCGGAGGUCCCGAUCAGCCGGAGGAGAGCGCGCGAGCCUGCUGGAGGAGAGCUGCAGGGCGCCGGUAAAGGACCUGGCAGGGUUCGCCAGCUCGUGCUCCCUGCACGGGAUGAAGCACGUGUUCGGGGCGGCGGGUGGCGGAGGCGGCGGCGGGUGCGCGAGGCGCGCGCUAUGGGCCGCGGCGCUGCUGGCGUCGCUCGCGCUCUUCCUGCACCAGGCGUCCCAGUGCGCCGUGGCGUACCUGCAGCGCGCGCACGUGACGGCGCUGCGCGAGGAGGCCGCGCGCGAGCUGCUCUUCCCCGCCGUGACCAUCUGCAACACCAACCGCUUCCGCUUCUCCGCGCUCACCGACGCAGACAUCUACCACCUGGCCAACCUCACCGGCCUCCCGCCCAAGAACCCCGAGGGCCACCGCGCCGCCGACCUGCAGUACCCCGAACCGGACAUGCAGGACAUCUUUAACCGAACCGGACACCAGCUCGAGGACAUGCUGAAGAGCUGCAACUUCAGCGGACACAACUGCUCAGCGCGAGACUUCUCCGUGGUCUACACGAGAUACGGGAAAUGCUACACAUUCAAUGGAAACAAAACAACAUCCAAAAAGACAAAGCAGGGAGGCAUGGGGAACGGCCUGGAGAUCAUGCUGGACAUCCAGCAGGAUGAAUAUCUGCCCAUCUGGAGAGAAACGAACGAGACGUCUUUAGAGGCAGGGAUCCGUGUGCAGAUCCACAGUCAGGAUGAGCCGCCCUACAUCCAUCAGCUGGGAUUCGGCGUCUCACCCGGUUUCCAGACUUUCGUGUCUUGUCAGGAGCAGAGGUUGACCUAUCUGCCCCAGCCGUGGGGAAACUGUCGCUCCUCGACUGAUCCCUCAAUCCCAGGUUAUGACUCCUACAGUAUCAGCGCUUGUCAUUUACACUGUGAGACUCAGCUGGUCCUGCAGGAGUGUCAGUGCCGCAUGGUGCACAUGCCUGGAAACACAGAAAUCUGCGCCCCUGACAAACUCAAGUGUGUGGACAGAGCACUGGAGCUGCUGCAGAAGAGUUCGGGUGAGUUCUCCUGUUCAUGUGAGACACCAUGUAAUCUGACACGGUACGGGAAAGAGCUUUCCAUGGUGAAGAUCCCCAGCAAAGGAUCUGCUCGAUACCUGUCCAGAAAAUACCACAAAUCUGAGGAUUAUAUAAGAGAAAACUUCCUGAUCCUGGACAUUUUCUUUGAAGCUCUGAACUAUGAGACGAUCGAGCAGAAGAAAGCCUACGAUGUCGCUGGGUUGUUAGGUGAUAUCGGAGGACAGAUGGGACUCUUCAUCGGCGCGAGCAUCCUCACCAUCCUCGAGAUCCUCGACUACAUUUAUGAGGUGAUUAAGUUCAGGUUACAGCGUUUGUUGAGGCCACAGAAGGAAGAAAAACGACCACAACAGCAAUCCAGCACUGUAGCUACAGUCAGCCUGCAGGACACAAAGACAAAGGAUAUCAGUGAACACAUGGAAAGAAAUACAGAGGGUGCGACAUUCACCAAAACCUUCCUCCCGAACAACCACCAUCAUCUUCAUCACCACCACCUUCGUCAUCAAAACGAGGACUUCGCCUGCUGACCAACAUCAAGGACUGUCUCCGUCUCCGUCUCGUUGUCUGUCUUUCUCUCUUGGAUCUUAUUUUCACCAGUAAAAGCUCCAGCCAAAGCUGAACUCCUAAACCUGUGCUUGGAUAGACUGUGUGUGUGUGUGUGUGUGUGUGUGUGUGUGUGUUAAUGACCUGAGUGGAUGUGUGGAUGAGAUGGAGUGCCAGAGCAGUUUGGGUGGAGGAUCAGGACUUUAAUCAGAACCUUCUCCAGCUGCGCUCCUUCUCCUCAGUUUCUUCUCAUCCUGUAAAAUUCCCCCUCAGUCACUGGGACACCUCACGUGGUCAGUGCUGGACGCGAGCGUCUCUCGCUGUAUAACCGGGCGAGUGUGUAUCAGAGCAGUAGCAGUAUAUUUGUCUCUCUAGGAGACACUUUAAACACAGUGUUUAUAUUCCACUGUUUAUGAUUAUUCACUUCAACUGUAUUAAAGAUAAUAAUUUUUUUAA